AUGUCGCAGAAGAAGCAAGCCAAUUCCAUGGUCGCAGACAUUGCGACCUCACAGUCCGUGUCAGCGGAGAGCGACGUGGACACCGAAUUUGAAGAUGCAAGCGACUUUGAUGACUACCAAGGUCGUCGAAGCGAAGAAUCGUUCGGUAACACGACCAUCUCCACAUUUGAUGAACUACGGACCCCUGCAUCAAACGACUUCAAAGGGUUCAACUUUUGCUUGCCUACAGACUCUUUAGAAUCUGGGGCCUCGAAAACCAUCCAAGGACCAGUGGGUCCUCAUCUGUUCCGGCACUCUCAAGAAUCCACGCCAGCGGAGGAAAUUUACUUGGAGUGGUCUCCCAUUGUCAAGUCCCCAACCGACAAUGGUCAUAUAUCGACCCCAAAUCGUGUUAGCUUUGACUCUUGCCCGCCGGCCGAACUUCCACUGGAGCAGUGGACAACUCAUCAUGUCGCGGCGUGGAUGAGAAAUGCGGGAUUUGAAGAGCACAUUAUCGAAAAGUUCAGAAUGAAUGAUAUCUCAGGCGGCCUCCUGAAACACUUAGAGUUCGGAGAUCUUAAAGAGCUUGGGAUCACAUCGUUCGGUCAAAGACACUUGCUCUGGGACGAGAUCCGGAACUUACGCGGUGGAGUCAGUGUACCUCCGACACCGGCCGACGAGUGCUUGUCGCCUUCACCACCCAUCGAGGAGGGCGCGCGCCACGUCAACAGGGAUAAUGAGUGCGCAUUCCCGACAGCUCCAGAGGAAAGUAAGGCUCGAGAGCCAAAGCUGCACAGGAGGCGAGCAAGAAGAGCGUUAAGACCUGACGACAUAAUCUCCCCAGCUGAGUCUGCGUCAAUAGUUGCUAUCGAGCAAUUAUUGCCAGAACCUCACAAGUGCUCCAAAGGCGAUGACUGUGCCAAGUACAGGAGAUAUAAGCGAAAGAUGGAGAGAAUUGCGAAAGAGUUCCCAAUGGAACUCGAGCAGAUUGAGGAGGCCAACGCUUCACCUUCCGAGAUCACUGUCCAGCUUCCCUCGGAGGCAGACCCCUCGGUCGUCGGAUCAUCAGACGUCCUUGGAGGUCGUCGCCCCGCUCUUCGAUUGGAUCCUGAUCUCCUCCGGACCGUUCAGAACAGAGAUCCUCAAGAGAAUGUUCGACAAUUUCUCACAUUCCAACAUAUGGCGGGCUCACCGCCCGAACCUUCGACACCGCCUUAUGAGAUGUUUCCUCCGCUUUCACCACCAGAGAAUACUCAAGCACCUCACACCAAUCUCAGGAGCCUACCCAAACUUCAGAUCCCAGAUCAAGCCAGUCCUUCGACCGCACAGGAUCCAGAUCGGACGAUAAUUCAGCAACACCGUAGCCCCAUCACAGCCAUUGAGCACAACGGACAAGACAUUUAUCGCUUCGCCAGCCCUGCAUCAGCAAUGGAUGUACCAUUGACUGCGAUUCCUCUGGGCCCAAUCGAACGUGAUUUCUCAAAUUCUGUGCCACCAGACAUGCGCUAUGGUAGCCAGUCAAUAUCACGUUCUCAUUCCAGAGCGGGCUACCGUGCUCAGCCCUUUGAGCCAAUCGACCGCUCACAGAGCGCUGCUCCGCUUGAGCGCUCUGCUUCAAGUACUCAAAGACGCAUGCAUCCCGGUUUUGGUCUCCCAGUUGUCCAAGAAAGUCAUCAUCUAUCACCAAUAAUUGAUGCCGGCGACAAGACCCCAACACUCGCUGACGUCCAACAUGCUGGUUGGAUGAAGAAGCGCAAGACUAAGAUGUUAAGGCAUGAAUGGCAUGAUAACCAUUUCCGCCUUAAAGGUACUACGCUAGCCAUGCAUAGCGACAACAAGACCUUGGACGCUCUUGAGUACAUUGAUGUGGAUGAGUAUGCUGUUGCCUGUUCGUCAAUAGCGAGCAAUAAAGUCAACACAGCAUUCAGAGCUUUAAAGCUGGGAGCAAGUAGCACCAAGAAGAAAGGUCCUGGCCCUGAUGGCUCGGCGUUCACGUUUCAGCUGGUCCCUUCAUCCGAGAAGAAGGGCAUUCUUGGCGCUGCUACGGGCAAGACCCAUCAUUUCGCAGUUAAGAACCGCGACGACAGGAUCGACUGGAUGCGAGAACUGAUGCUUGCAAAGGCAUUGAAGGAGAAGGGCGCUGGCUGCGAAGUCACAGUCGCGUAA